UAUCAGUACACUUGGCGCUCCGCCUCUCUCUCCCUCCCCCCUCGAUCUCGCGGGAACAGAAAACGCUCAUGCUGUACCCGUUUUUUGAAAAGUUGCGAAACGGUUUACUUCUUCAAAUAAUCAGCUGCUCCUGCAGUGUGUGGAGCAGGGACAGAUUAGUUUUUGGUUAGGAGAUGAAGCGGAAGCGAAAGAACAAGAAAGGAAAGCCCAAAGGGUCUGUAGCAGGAGGAAAUGAGGCAAUUUCAAGUGGGGCAAUUGUAAAUUUGGAGGAUGGUACAAGUAUGGAUGAAGAUGGUAAUUACUAUAAUAAGUAUGAGUCUGGAAUGGUCGACCGGGACUGAUCAGCAUAUCAAUCUUGCCAAUAUUAAAUCUUGACGGUUCAAUUGAUAGGGGAGUUGGGAAAUCAGUGGGAAGAGUUAAAGUGAAGCUUAGGACUUCGAGAACAAUGGAUUCUCAGCCUACUUCUUCUGAUGCAUACACACAAAGUGAUACAGAUAAGAGUGGCCAACAAGUUUUUUGGGAAAGACAAUGUGUGGUUUCUGAGAAAAUGGAGGAGAGUGCCAAUUCAUUGCAUGAAAUAAACGUUGGUGCUUCUGGGAAUGCGGCGAAGAAAACUGGGAGUGUAAAGAUUAAAACAUCAAAGGAGUUGGGGUCUAGUGUCAACCACAGUACUGAUCCUGUUCCUGCACGGACUGAGAGUCCACAUAAAAGAGAAUCGAAGGAGGCUGGUCAAGAUUCUCGUUAUAACAAGCAAGAAUUAGAUACUGCACUGACGGAUUAUUUUGAUGUGAUAGAUACACCAAUGGAUUUUGGAACAAUAUGCAGUAAUCUUGAAGAGGGUCGCAAGUAUAAUAAUUCCGAGGAUGUUUUCAGAGAUGUGGAGUACAUUUGGAACAAUUGUUACAAGUAUAACAGUAAAGGUGACUACAUUUUGGAUCUUAUGAGGCGGGUGAAGAAGAAGUUCACCAAGUAUUGGACUGCAGCCGGGUUGUAUAAUGGACAACCAAGAGGAACUAAUGGUGAGUGUUUUAAUGAUAAGGACAAAAUAAAGAGUAAAGUGAAUAGUACCAGGAUUAACUUUUUAGUGUAAAAAUAUGGUUUUUCG